CUGUCGUAGAGGAGGUCCAGGAAAGGAAGUUUGUUGAUACUUUUGAAAGUGCCCAAAGAGGUCAGUUUCUGCCUUUAGAACUCGGUGAUAUCCCCGUACCAGUUACUGAAGAAACAUUGACUGCGGAAGUAAUCAUGCCUUCUGGAAAGCUUGAUAAGCCAACUAUAAUAGACAACCAUGAUGGAACAGUUAGUGUGAGGUAUGAUCCGAAAGAAGAAGGAUCCCACGAACUCCAGAUAAAGUACAACAGUGAUCACAUACAAGGAAGUCCAUUCAAGUUCCAUGUCGACACAAUCAGCAGUGGCUUUGUGACAGCACACGGCUCUGGAUUAACACAUGGUAUUGCUGGUGAGCCUUGCAAUUUUACCAUCUACACUAAAGGUGCAGGAGCAGGUGGUCUAUCUGUAGCAGUUGAAGGGCCUUCUAAAGCUGAGAUUAACUGUCACGAUAAUAAAGAUGGCACUGUUGGUGUGUCAUAUGUACCAGCUGCACCAGGAGAGUACAAGGUUACUGUUAAGUUUGCAGACAAACACAUCAAAGGAAGUCCAUUCACUGCCAAAAUUACUGGUGAAGGUCGUAAACGCAAUCAAAUCUCUGUUGGACACUCUAGUGAAGUUUCCUUGAAGGUUCAGGAGAAAGAUGUGAAGAAUCUGAAUGCAAGUAUUGUUGCACCAUCUGGAUUGGAGGAGCCAUGCUUUGUAAAGAAACUUCCAAAUGGCCAUCUUGGUAUUUCUUUCACUCCCCGAGAAGCUGGAAAACAUGAGGUCCACGUGAAACGCCUUGGCAAACCCAUUCAGGGAAGUCCAUUUCCAAUCAAUGUCCUGGAAAAAGAAAUUGGGGAUGCGUCCAAUGUUCGUGUCAGUGGUACUGCUCUAAAAGAAGGGAAGACUCAUAAAGCUAAUGAAAUCAAUAUUGAUACUAAAAAUGCAGGUUAUGGUGGAUUGAGUUUCUCUGUGGAAGGACCAAGCAAGGCUGAGAUCCAGUGUAAAGAUAAUGAAGAUGGUUCUCUCAAAGUCAGUUACUGUCCACUUGAACCCGGAUACUACAUUAUCAACCUCAAGUUUGCUGACCACCAUGUGCCUGGAAGUCCUUUUACAGUAAAGGUAACUGGUGAAGGUUCUAAUAUCCAACGUGAGCAUAUCAAGAAGCAAAGAGAUGCGGUUCCUGUCACCGAUGUUGGAUCGGAGUGUAGACUGACUGUAAAGAUGCCUGGUACAAGUGCUUUUGAUAUGGCUGCCAAGGUCACUUCUCCAUCUGGUAUAACUGAAGAUGCAGAGAUCUUAGACAUGGAUGACUUUCUUUAUGCUGUCCACUUUGUCCCUAAAGAAGUUGGUGUCCACACUGUUAGUGUGCGUUACAAAGACAUUCACAUCCCUGGUUCACCCUUCCAGUUCACUGUUGGACCUCUACAUGAGUUUGGUGCUCACAGAGUUCAUGCUGGAGGAACUGGUUUAGAGCGAGGAAUUGCAGGAGAAGCAUGUGAGUUCAAUGUAUGGACGAGGGAAGCAGGUGCUGGAAGCCUUGCCAUCUCAGUUGAAGGCCCAUCUAAAGCAGAAAUUGAUUUCAAGGAUCGAAAAGAUGGAUCUUGUUAUGUUUCUUACAAAGUGCAGGAUGCAGGUGAAUACAGAGUGGGGGUCAAGUUCAAUGAACAACACAUCCCGGACAGCCCUUUUAAAGUUUACAUGAUGCCUCAAUCAGGUGACACCAAGAAAAUUGAGGUUGGUGCUAUCCCAGAAGCUAACUUACAGGUCAACAAGCCUGUAGCAUUUACCAUCCAAAUGAAUGGGGCUAAAGGAAUGCUUGAUGGCAAAGUUAUUUCUUCUUCUGGAGCAGAAGAUGACUGCUUUGUAGCUCCUAUUGAUGAUGAUCAGUGGGCUUUACGGUUUGUGCCCAAGGAGAAUGGAAUUCACCAGAUCCAUGUUAGACACAAUGGAAUGCACAUCCCUCAGAGCCCUUUCCGUAUUCGUAUUGGUCAAGAUGAUGCUGAUCCAGCUGCAGUCCAUGCCGAUGGAAAUGGCUUGAAAGAAUGUAAAACUGGAACCAAGACUGACUUCAUUGUUGAUACUUGUAAUGCCGGAGCUGGAACGUUAGCAGUUACCAUUGAUGGACCGUCUAAGGUGUCCAUGGAUUGUACUGAAGUGGAAGAAGGAUACAAAGUACGGUAUACUCCAUUAGCUCCAGGAGACUACUAUAUUAUCAUCAAGUACAAUGGUUACCAUAUAGUGGGUAGCCCUUUCAAAGUACACUGCACUGGCAGUGCCGUAGCUGAUUAUGGAGAACAUGAGAUAUCUUCAGUUGUUGUAGAAACCGUUUCCAAACAAGCUCGACAAAAAGCUGAUAACUUGCCGCGAUUCCACUCAAAUGCUAUGAAAGUAACUAGCAAAGGGAUGGGUCUUAAGAAAGCUUAUUCCCAUAAACAGAACACAUUUACCGUUAACUGUGGUGAUGCUGGUAACAACCUUCUCUACGUUGCUCUUUAUGGUCCCAAAGGACCUUCGGAGGAGGUAUACAUCAAACACAUGGGCCGUAACAUGUACCAGGUAAACUACGUAGUGAAAGAGAAAGGCGACUAUGUGCUUAUUAUUAAAUAUGGUGACGACCACAUCCCUGGCAGUCCUUUUAAGGUGGAGAGUUCAUGAGCCUUAUCCCCUGACUCAUCCCUUCCAAGUGUAGAUGAACCCAGUACUGGACACUUACAUGAAGUUUUAUGCUGGACAAUAUAUACCCCAAGCCACUUCUUAAAAUGCCACAUCAUUUUUGUAGCACAUCACAUUUAGUGAGAAAAUAAAUUUUGUGUGUGUGUAUUUUCUCUAAUUAUGGCAUCGUUUAAUUUCAAAUUAACCACAUAAUGCAUUCAGAUUCUCUCAUUUCCUAUGAGGAAUAAGGUGCAUGACAUUUGACGAACUGAACAUUUUCUGUAUUAAUCUGUGAGAAGAAAUUUCCAUAUUACUCUGAUGCUAUAUUUAGCGAAGUUGCACAGGUUUCUCAUUAUUUACGGUCAUAAAUGCUUUUUAAAAUGGAAUGUCAUCUCAGCUUUACUACUUAGAGAUUUUGAAAUCACUCUCAACCCAUGGUGUGUUUUCAAGCUUUUUGUUUUACACCUUUCUCUCCUUAAAGUAAGUACAUCCCAAUGAGGUGUAGUAUUUUAUUUGCUCAUUUACGUUAACAAACUUUUAGUGGAAUAAAUAGUUAUUAGUUUAUAAUAAUGAAAGAGUUACAAGAAACUGAAAGUGCAUUUACACACAUUUCAGUCUUAGAAUCAGGUCUUUCUCUUUAAUUCAAUGAAAUAAACCACUGUAAUAAACUUGUCAAAAGGUGUUUUGCUUGCUUCAUCAAGAAUUAAAUAUUUUAAUUAUGCUAUAGUAUUAUUGUCCUUUUUUUAUAUAUUAUAGUGUGUUGGCUAUUGAUUUGAACUUUGCAAAUGUUAAGGCUUUUUUUAAAUUAUCACUGUUUAAGUUUUCCCUCUCCUUUAAAAUUUUGGUGUUUUUUGUUGGGCUGUUAGUUGUGGAAAGAGGAUUUAGAAGAAACAGUUCAUGUUGUACAUUUUUUGGUAUUGUUUGAUAUUUUGUUUAAAUUUAGUACUUGUGUGUUUUGAGUAGUUUUGAUGAUAUAAAGAAAAGUGCCUUGUUCUUAUAAAAAGUAUUUAUAUUGGUAUAUUUUAAUGCCCUUUUUGAUGCGAACUUCUUACCCAAUGUGUACUGUCCUAAGAAUCAUGAUUGUCCUGACUUUUACAGGUAAAGGUUUCAAAAUAUGAAUUCACAAGUGCCAAGCUAAAAAAAAAAAAGUUGCAUGUCAGUGAGCAAUAUUCUGUUAAAUAUCAAACUGGAGAGGUUUUUUUCUAUUAUAGAACUAGCAUAUUGAUAUCUCUAAUCAAUAACUUUUGUUAAAUAACUGGAGCUGUGUGCCAAGUAUAUUUUUCUUCUCGGAACAUAGAAACUACUCUUAACACUUGACUAAUCUUGUUAAGUAGUUAACUUUACUAUUGGUGAAGGUGCUAUCCUUUAGAUGACUAUAACUGAUCAUGGAAUAGAAAUUGUAUGUUCCCCUUGAUCAUCUAAUAAAAUGUCAUUUUGUCACCAUA